GUUAGAAGGAUAUGCGGCUGUCAGCAUUCGCUUCAGGCAGUUGUGAACGGCGCGUGGUCGUGCACGGACAAGGAGAGAACAGUUCACAAUCUUACUGGUAAUGACAUUCUUAAGAUUUAGUAUCCCAGUUAGGAUUUAGUGCAAAUAUUUUAGAAGAUACGAGGUUUUAUUAUUUGAAAGAGUGCAAAAGUUAUAUCUUUGUUCAAGGAAUUGAAAAGUUGUUAAGGCUCAACUUAUGCACCCAUUUCAGGCGAAACUCCUUGUUAUUGACUGAAAGUUCAAGGAUAUUAGAAGCUUCAAUAUUACAUUCAGAUUCCAUUUGAGUGAAAACAUCAUGCAAUGUUUAAGAGGUUCUCCUGGGAUAAUGGUUCUUCUCUUCUACAUUCAAUGUUUGUGGACAGAGGUCUCUGCCAUGUGCCCCAUGCGAUGUAAGUGUGACGAUCAAAGUCUAAGAGUUCUAUGCGACGAUGCCAACUUGGAUGUUGUUCCAAUUACUUUAAACCCAGAACUGCGCGAACUUGUACUAAAGAACAAUCAUAUAAAGGGUAUAAUGGCUUCAUUCAGUGUAUAUCACAACCUAGAGUAUCUUGAUGUUUCACAUAAUCAACUUGUAGAUUUAGGGGAACAUAACUUUAAGAUGCAAGGUCAUCUGUGUACUCUCCAUUUAAGUAGAAAUAUGAUCUCUUUGAUUCACAACAAUUCUUUGGCCGGUCUUCAGCAGCUAAAGGUAUUGUAUCUAAAUGAAAACUUUCUAGAAGAUAUACCAUCAGGAGCAUUUGUUCAUUUACCAAAUCUGCAGACGCUGGAUCUCUCGCAGAACAGGAUUGCCACCAUUUCGGAAGAUGCAUUUCAUGGACUCGGAAACAUUCGGAAUUUGUUGCUAAGAGACAACAAGCUAGAUUACAUUCCUCUUAUUGCAUUCCAAGACCUUUCUACCCUGUUAAAGUUAGAUUUUGGACUAAAUGCUAUAGCAAAGAUACCAAAAGGGGCAUUUGAAUCACUCAGACAUCUUGAGGAACUAUCUUUAGAUGGCUGUGGUCUUUAUAAAAUUGAAUCUGGUGGGUUUCAGCAAUUACAGUCCAUAAUUGUACUCAACUUGCAGGAUAACGAACUUCGAGAAAUUCCCACCCAAGCACUUGCCGAUGUCCAUCGUUUAGAAGAACUUAAUAUUGGUCAAAAUAAAUUUCAAGAACUUAAGCCACACUCAUUUCAGAGACUAAAACAUUUAAGAGUUGUCAAAAUUAACGGCUCGCCACACUUCACAAGUAUUCAUAAAGACGCCUUUCUUCACAAUAUUUAUAUACAAAAACUUUUGAUAGCUCAUAAUAGAAAAUUAAAUCGUAUUGACCCUGAUACCUUCGAUGGUCUUCUUAACCUCAGAUAUGUGAGUCUUCGCGGAAAUGCUUUUACUAAAUUCGAAUAUGAUUUACUUCCGUGGGAUAAAUUAGAAGUUUUUGACGUCAGGGACAAUCCGUUAUUUUGCAACUGCAAAAUGUUGUGGCUACGAAAGUUGUUAAGUAACCAGAAUAUCACGUCAGAGGCUUCCAGAAGCGUUGCAGAUGUUCACUGUGCAAGUCCUCCCGUUUUGAAAAAUGUAUUACUUACAGAGGUCACGGAUGAAGAUCUCGGGUGUUAUAUAGAGGUCAGAAGACAGCAGAUAAUUAUUGGUAUUAUCGUAGCUGCUGUGACAGCAGUUGGGGCACUUAUCUUUCUUGGAAUUUGCUAUAGAAAGAAGCUUAAUGCCGCUUUCAAGAAUAAGUGGGCUUCUGGGAGAAAAGAACCACAGUACCAGAAAACAACGUGCUUGGAGGAGGAAAACGCUACAGUACUACAAAGAACAGUUCAGCAGUCCGUAAAAAUGACGCCAACCACAGAGCUUUAGAAAUACAACAUCAAGAAACAGUUUUUGUAUAAUCUCUAUUGAAUCAAUUCAGAACAGAUAUGAAACUUUUGCGCUGUAACCUGUCAAGUUGACUUAAGACAACAGUUUACGAUAAAAGUUUAUUAUUAUAGCCUCUACAAGAUGUUUUUGAUUCAUACGUAUUUAGCAAUACUUACCAUUUUAAAAAGUUAUGAAUUAUGAACUAGAAAUUUAAAAUCAUGAGUAUUUAAGUCUGGACAUCCAAUGAUUUAUGUUGAGCGUUACUGUUUCCUUUCAUUCAUGGUGUAAGCUUUAUGUAUUCGGUUUGAAAACAAUAUACAAUAUUUAUGAGUAGUCUAAUUUAGCUGCAACUGUGGAUGUUCUUGGUGUAGUUUUUUUUAUGUAAACAUGCGCCUGUAUAUUUUAAUUUUGAAAACAAGCUUGAGCAUUUUAAUGUUUUUAGCUGAAUUUAGCAUUUGGACUUCUUUCACCGAAAUGUAAUAAGAAAACUGAAAAAGCUCGCAUCAGCCGCAAGCUACAUUUCUCAGUCGGUAAUGGUAGAGGUUGUUUUUAUUCGUUGCAGGAUUUUCUGAUUGGUGAGAACUCUUGAUGACAGAAUUCCUAAAACGCAAGCCGCACAUGAGUCACAAAACAAAACUGAUUCUCCUUUAUCUAUCUGCAGUAAAAUUUGGUUUUCAGUUACUGCUCAUUGUCAAGUUGUUAGAAAACCAAUACACGUCUGUGUGACGUUUUAAAACCGGACGAAUAACUAUUGUACGUGCAAAAUAUAAUAUAAAAAGGUGUUAAUGCAUUGGUUGAUUAAGUGUCUUAUUAUUAUCAUUAUUAUAGAACGUGAAAUUUCGAGAGAAAAAGCUAAAAUUUUCUACUUUCGAAAAGCUUAUUGUUAAAUCUGUGUGGAGCAUAUAGUUGAUUCAUCGUUUUAAAUCAAUAUUACGUACCUGUAAAAUACGAACCUGUUUAUCAUGCUUUGUGUCUCCAGUUGAAGAUGUGUCUUUGGCGUGAAACAACAUUAUGAGUAAGCUAUUCUAAAAUGAGAAUACAUUCUCCUAUCAAAUGAGGGUUAACUAUUGUGAUAUUUGUUAAUACUAAUUCUGUUAUUGAAACUACUCUUACAUAUAAGUAUUCUAGACGUAAGUUAAAAAGUGUUUCGUAUAACCCUCUAUGUGCUUACAACAAAUUGUAUUGACAGAUUUAUAUUAUAUAUUGAAGUUUUGUUGUUAAUGACAAAGUGAAAGACUGUAUAAUAUUCAUGCUGACAAAUUGUGUACUUGUAAAGUAAAUAAAACUAUUAAAUUAAA